CAAAACCAUUCCAUCCUUAUUUAAACACACAUUUGAGCGAUACAAUUCGAGGAACAAUUAAACUGGCAAUACGAUUCAGGAUUCAGAAAGAAGCUAUAUUUUCACCACAAUAUGGAUUCCCGAACGGUUACCAUGCAUUAUCCGAUCAGGACCAUAGUAGUUCUGGUCCAGGAGAACCGGUCCUUUGAUCACAUCCUCGGGUGGAUGAAGAAGUAUGUGAACCCAGAGAUCGAUGGCGUCACUGGAGCUGAGUCAAACCCUAUCUCGACAAAUGACUCCAACUCGAGUCGUGUCUUCUUUGGGGAUGAGUCUGCAUACGUGGAUCCCGAUCCCGGCCAUUCCAUCCAGGCCAUUUAUGAGCAGGUGUUUGGUGAGCCUUGGACGGAGGAAUCGGCUUCCAAAAAACUGGUUCCAACGAUGCAAGGAUUUGCCCAGAAUGCAGAGCGGGUGCAGAAAGGUCUAGCAGAGAUUGUCAUGAAUGGGUUCCAACCCGAGCACGUGCCUGUAUACAGGGAGCUUGUGUCGGAGUUUGCAGUCUGUGACCGGUGGUUUGCAUCAGUUCCAGCAUCGACCCAGCCUAACCGGCUGUUCGUCCACUCUGCUACAUCACAUGGUGCUACCAGCAACGACACCAAGAAGCUCAUCGGGGGUUUUCCUCAGAAGACGAUCUUUGAGUCCCUCGACGAAGCCGGAUUCAGUUUCGGGAUUUACUAUCAAUAUCCUCCUGCCACACUUUUCUACAGGAAUCUCAGAAAAUUGAAGUACCUAAAGAAUUUCCAUCAGUAUGACAUUCAGUUCAAGAAUCACUGCAAGGAAGGGAAGCUGCCGAACUACGUGGUGGUGGAGCAACGAUAUUGGGACCUGGCAGGGCUGCCCGGAAACGACGAUCAUCCUUCUCACGACGUCUCCGAGGGUCAGAAGUUUGUGAAAGAAGUGUACGAGUUGCUCAGGGCAAGCCCUCAGUGGAACGAGAUGUUGUUUGUGAUCACCUAUGACGAGCACGGUGGGUUCUACGAUCACAUCCCAACACCGGUCAAGGGAGUCCCAAGUCCUGACGGUAUUGUUGGUCCCGAGCCAUAUAAAUUUCAGUUUGACCGUCUCGGUGUUAGAGUGCCCACCAUUUUGAUUUCUCCCUGGAUUGAUCGCGGAACAGUGCUGCACGAACCAUCGGGGCCUUAUCCAACUUCACAGUUUGAGCACUCAUCGAUACCAGCCACAGUCAAGAAGAUUUUCGACCUCAAGAGUUUUCUCUCGAACCGUGACGAAUGGGCAGGCACCUUCGAAGGGAUCGUGAUGAAUAGAAGCAGCCCUAGAACAGACUGUCCAGUUGCUUUACCAGAGGCAGUCAAACUAAGAGAGGGAGGACCCAAGGAAGAGGCCAAGCUCAAUGACUUCCAAGAAAUAAUGGUGCAGAUGGCCGCGACUCUAAAUGGGGACCAUGCAAAAGACAUAUAUCCUUACAAACUGGUACAGGACAUGACUGUCGGGGAGGCUGUCAAGUACGUCGAUAGUGCAUUCAAGACGUUUUGUGAUCGAUGCGAGCAAGCAAGAGAAAACGGGGCAGAUGAAGAUCAGAUAGUCAUCGCAUUGCGAAAUGUGGCAGUGCGUGAAUCAUCCAAAUCUUUUCCUCGAAAGUUAUUCUCUUGCCUAUUCUGUCACGAGACUCACGACUAGGGAGCACGCAGUACACUUUGGCCUUUUGCUUUGAUUCUAAGCAAAUGAUUGUUAAUUGUAUGCCCUAGAGCCGGCGAUAUAUGUAAUUGAAUAAUUCCUAUUUAUGGCAAUAAUAUUAUUCUAUUAGUCAUA